GGCGAACGUGAAGCGCUCGGGCAGCUGGAGCGGCUUGGUGUCCGGGGCCCCGGGCCGGGAGCGAUCGUCUGCACCGCCGAGACAUGGGUGGCAAGAACAAGAAGCACAAAGCGCCCGCGGCUGCGGCAGUCCGGGCCGCCGUGUCUAGUGCCAGAGCCAAAGCCGCCGAGGCCGGGGCUGCCGUGGAGGCGGCGAGCAAGAAGCCCGCGGCCAGGCCGGCCGCCCCCGCCGCCAGCGGCAGCCGCGAGCCGCGAGCCAAGCAAGGUCCAAAAAUUUAUAGUUUUAACUCUGCAAAUGAUUCUGGUGGCCCUGCAAGUCUGGAUAAAUCCAUUUUGAAAGUGAUAAUUAAUAACAAACUGGAACAAAGAAUUAUUGGCGUGAUCAAUGAGCAUAAAAAACAGAAUAAUGAUAAAGGGGUGAUUUCUGGAAGACUGACUGCCAAAAAAUUACAGGAUUUAUAUAUGGCUUUACAAGCAUUUUCGUUCAAGACUAAGGACAUUGAAGACGCCAUGACCAACACACUCUUACAGGGAGGUGAUCUUCAUUCUGCCUUGGAUUGGCUCUGUUUAAAUCUUUCAGAUGACGCACUUCCUGAUGGAUUCAGUCAGGAAUUUGAAGAACAACAACCUAAAAUUCGGCCAAAAUUUCAGGCUCCUCAGAUACAAGCCACUACUUCACCUUCAUUACAACUUAAAACCAAAAAACGGGAAGAAGAGCCUAAGAGUAAGCCAAAAAAGGAAGAAAAGAAUUUGGAGGUAAAUAUGAAAGAAUGGAUUUUGCGGUAUGCUGAACAGCAAGAUGAAGAUGAUAAGAGUGAGACUUCUAAAAGUUUAGAAGAAGAGGAGAAAUUUGACCCUAAUGAAAGAUAUUUGCACUUCGCAGCAAAACUCCUGGAUGCCAAAGAGCAGGCAGCUACCUUUAAACUAGAAAAAAACAAGCAAGGCCAAAGAGAAGCUCAAGAAAAAAUACGGAAAUUUCAAAGAGAAAUGGAAAUUUUGGAAGACCAUCCAGUGUUCAACCCAGCUAUAAAGAUUUCACAUCAACAGAAUGAAAAGAAAAAGCCUCCAGCAGCCACAGAAAAGGAAACUGCUUUGAAUUUUAAUUUAUUUGAAAAAUCUGAAGCCGCUCCUGAAGGAGAAAAAGAGAAAAAGAAAGAACCACAUGAUGUAAGAAAUUUCGACUACACGGCUAGAAGCUGGACUGGAAAAUCCCCCAAACAGUUUCUGAUCGAUUGGGUCAGGAAGAAUCUGCCCAAGAGCCCAAAUCCUGCCUUUGAAAAAGUUGCAGUAGGUAGAUACUGGAAAUGUAGGGUAAGAGUAAUCAAGUCUGAAGAUGAUGUAUUGGUAGUGUGUCCUACGAUUUUAACAGAGGAUGGCAUGCAAGCUCAACAUCUGGGAGCUACUUUAGCUCUUUAUCGGUUGGUGAAAGGACAGUCAGUUCAUCAAUUACUUCCUCCCACUUACCGAGAUGUUUGGCUAGAGUGGAGUGAUGCCGAAAAGAAAAAGGAGGAGUUAAAUAAAAUGGAAACCAAUAAACCACGUGAUCUUUUUAUUGCCAAACUUCUAAAUAAAUUGAAACAGCAACAACAGCAGCAGCAAAGGCACUCUGAAAAUAAGAAAGAAAACUCUGAAGAUCCCGAGGAAUCGUGGGAAAAUUUAGUUUCUGAUGAGGAUUUUUCUGCAAUGUCUUUGGAAUCAGAAAAAGCCGAAGAUUUGGAGCCUGUUAGAAACCUCUUUAGAAAGCUGCAAAGCACACCUAAAUACCAGAGACUCCUAAAGGAGAGGCAACAGUUACCAGUGUUCAAACACCGAAAUUCGAUCGUGGAAACUCUUAAAAGGCACAGGGUAGUAGUAGUUGCUGGUGAGACAGGGAGCGGUAAGAGCACUCAAGUGCCACAUUUUCUACUCGAAGAUCUGCUUCUAAAUGAGUGGGGCACAAGUAAAUGUAACAUUGUCUGCACCCAGCCACGAAGAAUCUCUGCAGUGAGCUUAGCCACUCGAGUGUGUGAUGAACUGGGCUGUGAAAAUGGACCUGGAGGCAGGAAUUCUUUGUGUGGCUACCAGAUCCGGAUGGAAUCUCGAGCUAGUGAGUCUACUAGGUUACUCUAUUGCACAACAGGGGUUUUGCUCAGGAAACUUCAAGAAGAUGGUCUCCUGACUAAUGUGUCUCAUGUAAUUGUAGAUGAGGUUCAUGAAAGAAGUGUCCAGUCAGACUUCCUAUUAGUUAUCUUGAAGGAAAUCUUACAGAAGCGCUCUGAUCUACAUUUGAUACUGAUGAGCGCCACUGUUGACAGUGAAAAGUUUUCUGCAUAUUUCACACACUGCCCUGUUCUUAGAAUUUCAGGAAGAAGUUAUCCUGUUGAGGUCUUUCAUCUUGAAGAUAUAAUAGAAGAAACAGGCUUUGUACUAGAGAAAGACUCAGAAUAUUGCCAAAAGUUUCUGGAGGAAGAAGAGGAAAUAACCGUUAAUGUCACAAGCAAAGCAGGGGGAAUAAGAAAGUACCAGGAAUGCAUCCCCGUUCAGGCUGGAGCAAGUGUUGAAAUAAAUCCAGUGUACCAGCAUUACAGUAAUCGCACUCAGCAUGCUAUUCUAUACAUGAAUCCGCAUAAAAUCAACUUGGAUCUCAUUCUGGAACUUCUUGCAUAUUUAGACAGAAGUCCGCAAUUCCGAAAUAUUGAAGGAGCAGUUCUGAUCUUUUUGCCAGGCCUUGCUCACAUUCAACAGUUGUACGAUCUCUUAUCAACUGACAGAAGAUUUUUUAACGAACGAUAUAAAGUGAUAGCUCUGCAUUCUAUUCUUUCAACACAAGAUCAAGCUGCAGCAUUCACACUUCCUCCUGCAGGAGUUAGGAAGAUUGUUUUAGCAACAAAUAUUGCAGAGACAGGCAUCACUAUUCCUGAUGUUGUAUUUGUGAUUGAUACUGGACGAACAAAAGAAAAUAAGUACCACGAAAGCAGUCAGAUGAGCUCUUUGGUUGAGACAUUUGUCAGCAAAGCAAGUGCUCUGCAGCGCCAGGGCAGAGCUGGGCGGGUGAGAGAUGGCUUCUGCUUCCGGUUGUACACCAGAGAAAGAUUUGAAGGCUUCAUGGACUAUUCUGUCCCUGAGAUCUUACGUGUGCCUUUGGAGGAGUUGUGUCUUCACAUUAUGAAAUGCAAUCUUGGUUCUCCUGAAGACUUCCUCUCCAAAGCCUUAGAUCCUCCUCAGAUUCAAGUAAUAAGCAAUGCAAUGAACCUACUCCGAAAAAUUGGAGCUUGUGAACUAAAUGAGCCUAAACUGACUCCAUUGGGCCAGCACCUUGCAGCGUUGCCUGUGAACGUUAAGAUCGGCAAGAUGCUUAUAUUUGGUGCCAUAUUUGGCUGUCUUGACCCAGUGGCAACUUUAGCUGCAGUCAUGACGGAGAAGACCCCUUUUACCACACCAAUUGGUCGAAAAGAUGAAGCCGAUCUUGCAAAAUCCACAUUGGCUGUGGCAGAUUCAGACCACCUGACGAUCUACAAUGCUUAUUUGGGAUGGAAGAAAGCGCGGCAAGAAGGGGGCUAUCGCUCUGAGAUGGCAUAUUGCCGGAGGAACUUUCUCAAUAGAACGUCUCUGCUCACCCUGGAGGAUGUGAAGCAAGAGUUAAUGAAAUUGGUGAAAGCAGCAGGAUUCUCUUCAUCCACAACAUCUAACAGCUGGGAAGAAAACAGAAGCUCACGGACACUUUCCUUCCAAGAAAUUGCCCUUCUUAAAGCCGUUUUGACCGCUGGACUGUAUGACAAUGUGGGGAAGAUAAUCUACAUGAAAUCAGUCGAUGUCACAGAAAAACUGGCUUGCAUUGUGGAGACAGCCCAAGGCAAAGCACAAGUACACCCAUCCUCAGUAAAUCGAGAUUUGCAAACUUAUGGUUGGCUUUUAUACCAGGAGAAGAUAAGAUAUGCCCGAGUAUAUUUGAGGGAAACUACCCUAGUAACUCCCUUUCCAGUCUUACUUUUUGGCGGCGAAAUAGAAGUUCAGCACCGAGAACGUCUGCUCUCUGUAGAUGGCUGGAUUUAUUUUCAGGCACCUGUAAAGAUAGCUGUCAUUUUCAAGCAGCUGAGAGUUCUCAUCGAUUCUGUUUUAAGGAAAAAGCUUGAAAGCCCUAAGAUGUCCCUUGAAGAUGAUAAGAUUCUUCAGAUCAUUACAGAAUUGAUAAAAACAGAGAACAAUUGAAACUAAAAUUCACGAUCAACUGGUUUCAAAAUGAAGGUGAAGACAGAGUCAUGAAAUUCAAGGUGCAUCAUGAAAUUAUGUGAAAGUGAACCACACCAUUAAGUAUUUCAGUACUUAAAAGUGUUGAAACUAGCCAGAACUUAAAAGAUGGUAAAAAGAAGCACAUACUUUAAACAUGUAAUUUUCUAAUUCCUUUGUAGUGAUGACUAUCCUCAAGUGUAUUUGCACUACAUUUACAAUAAAUCCUUUGGCAUCACCCACGUUUUACACACCA